AUGAGUUCCGUUGCAGUUCAAGUUAUGCCGUCGGUAACGAAUUUUUCGAAAGAUUCGCUAAUCACGAACAAACUAGCGUCAGAUCUCGAUGCCAAGCUUGUUUCGUCCUCAAAAAAGGUUCUGCUUCAACGAAUUGAAUUCAAACCGGCUUCUAAACCUGAUGAACAAUACGAGAAUCUGAGGAAGAAAUAUGUUCCGGCAAAUUCUCCGUCAACAAAUCAUGCAAACGGCCAUUGCAAGGAACAGUUGCGAUCUCCGGAUAAGAAUUCAAACGAGGAGAUGCCCUCGCCAAAGGUGAUUUUGUUUCCUGUGGAAAACGUUGAGUUAUACUGGAAGCAGGUUCGAAGAGUCGGGCCAGGAUUGAGCAACAUGGGAAAUACGUGUUUCUUGAAUUCCGUUCUCCAAGUUCUUACCUACACUGCACCAUUGGUGAAUUAUCUGGCUUCGAAAGCUCACAGCGAAAAAUGUAAGUGUUCUACUGGGUAGAUGUUUCUUAAGCAUUUGGGAAAAUUUCAUAUUUAAUAUGUAAAUGUUCGUUCCUAAUAAUCUGAAAUGUUUACUUGUCAUUCACAUUGUUGAUAAUCCAAUCAGUUUAUAAUUAACAUGCUUCACUGAUGAACCAGGGGUCAAUCAGUGAAUUAAUCGUCUGCCUGUCUGAACAUGUUUUAUUUGAAUGAUUUACCAGUGUUUUGAAUCCAACUGUUAGAUAUUUUUCUCCAACUUUCUUUCUUGAAACACUAUUUUGUAUAGCUCUGUCAAGGAGCAAUGGAAAAAUUGAUGGAAAACAAUACACUUAAACACCUGCCAGCUUCUCCUGCAUCAGAUACAAGCAUCCCCUCUACCCAAAUUUCCAAAAAGUUUGAUGACUUUUGAGUAUAUCCAAUGAAGUUCCUAUGAAUUCAGAAGGUUGCAGUCUUGGCACCAUUUUCAAAUCUUGUUUUGCAAAAUUUUUUCUAAUUCAAUGGGUCUGUACAUCUUGGAUUGUUUUGUCACUCUUUACUAAGGGCAUAGCCAAGGGGGUCCUGGGGUGCCUGUGACUCCCCUUUGUAAGCCUUGUUUUGUCCCAUUGAGUAAACUACAGAAUAGAUGUCGACAUGAGAAUCUGGUUAGCACCCUGUGUGUAAGCUCCCACUUUGAAAAAUCCUGGCUACCCCCUGUCCUCUCAGACUGGUCUAAUUUGAAGAUUUAGAAGGAAUUAAAAACUGCUAGUUUCUACUUUGCCAUUUCCUCUGAAGUUACAUUUUUUGUAUCAUUUCAGUGUAAAUUGACUCAAGUUCCCUAAUAUCUCUCUAUUAACAGUUUGAGUUAGCUUAGAUCUGGUGCUGCUUUAUUUGUGUAAAGGAAUGGCCUCAUGUAACCAUGACUCUCUAUACCCUGACAUCAGUAUGCAUAUUCUCCAUACUGUUCUCUAUGCAAUUCCUAAGGUGCUGACAAGAAGAACUUGUCUGAUAAAUCAAGAGCUUCUUAAGUUAGUGAUCAUUUCCUUUAUUCUCAUGACCUUGAUGUGUGAUUCAGAGGUGAUAUUGUAAGGAGAAAUUAGAUGUUAGUCAGUCUUAGGGAUUAAAGGUUGAGAAAGGAACAAAUAAAUUUCUUAUGGUCACAAAGAUGUUUUCAAUUCCCUUAAGGCACAUUAACACAGCAGUUAUUCAGUAAGAUGAGCCAUUAUAAAUCCCUGAGGUCAUUAUCUCUCUGUUUUUUGUCGGUCAUGAUCUACUGUACACAUUUGAAGGAGAUGUAGUUGUAAACUAUAUGAGAAAAAGAAAAAACAAUUAUCAUGAUAAUAUCAGUCAUAGAAACCACAACUGUGGAAUUUUCCAAUGACCCGAUAAAAUUUUCAACCUUACACCUUCCUCCCUUCAACAGUUAUGCCCUGGUUGUGAUUAACCCUUUUACUCUCAUGAGCGACCAAGACAUAAUUUCUCCUUACAGUAUCAGUAUAAUAUCAAGCAGCCAAGUAAUGAGAAUGUUGAAAAAUAUUAACAAGGGAAUUAUCAUUAGAUUUAAUUCCAAAUUCUCAGAACAAACUUAGUAUGAAAUGUAUGGUAGAUGGUAAUUUUCAUCGAGAUAUUUGGAGUGAAAGGGGUUAAUGUCACCUUCCUUUAAAAAGAUUAGGCUGAACACCCAGUUUUUUGAAGACCAAGGAAUACCAAAUUUAAAUUUUAUCUGUUAAAACAUGAUAAUUUUUAUGUAAUGGUUUAUUCCCUGUUAAGUGUGAACUAACAAUGACUUGUUAUAAUUUAAUAAAUAUUAUUACAACAGGUCGUUCAGUUGGUUUUUGUAUGCUGUGUGAAUUACAAAAACACAUUGUGCGAAGUUUUGGUCACCAUCAAGGAGAAGCAAUCAAACCAAUGGCAAUCAUUCAAAAACUCAAAUGUAAGUUUAUGUCUUAUGAAUAUUAUCCAGUAAAAGGUGAUUAAAAGACAAAAACUUAUCUGUAAGGGUAAGUUAUUUUGAUUAAACACAAUUACACUCUAUUACACAGAUGUUGAAAAAAAUACAAUAAUUUUUCUUUUUUGAACAAUAUGGUAUCUUCUCAGGGUGCAGCACACAUACUAAUGUAUUUCAUGGCUAAGAAAACGAUGUUGUCAUUAUAACCAGGUUUAUGGACAUGUUGAUUUUACCACCAGAAAAAGGGUUUCUCUUUUCAAUUUAUGAAUAUAAGGUUGAAUCAACUUUUUUUUUUUUGGAAAGGAAUACAUUUUUUGUGUAAUGAAAACUUACAUCAUUUUUGUGUUAGAAGUUGGCAGAAGUAGCUUCUUAUCAAGCUGAGUUUAGGAGCAGGCAAUCUCAGUAUUUGGUACUCUUCUUUUAGUCUGUCACCUUUGAACUGGAUAAAUAAUUGAUAUUAAUCUAUAAACAAAACAUUACAUGUCAUCUUGUGGAUACGAUUUGGUCAUUUUUUGUGAGUUAAAUCUGGCACUUGUUUACUUUGCUCACUUGAGAUAGAUAUUGUCUACACUUGCAGAUAAGUUUGGUAUCUAUCAUUCAGCCAUGUAUUAUAAUUGUCUAUUUUACUAACUAAGCAACCUCAAAUUUUUCUCCUUGAAUUUAAUUUUAAAUACCUCAUGCUAACCUCAUCUUCUUGGUCUUAACUGUAAGUUACAGACUAAUUUUUUCCAAUUGGAUUUAUUGCCCAAGUGUUAGGGCAUGUGGGCCAUAAAUCCCAGAAGAAAAAAAGUGAGGCUCUGUAACUUAAAGUACAAACUGAGAAAACAAAUGGGUAGUACAAUAUUUAGUGGGCUGUACGGUGAAAUAUGGCCUCUGAUAUUGAACAGUCAUGGUUUAUGUACUAACUAUGAGAUGUAAUGAUUUUUUUAUUCUCGUAGUCAUUGCCAAACAUUUAAGAUUUGGACAUCAGGAGGAUGCACAUGAGUUCUUGAGAUAUGUAAUUGAUGGCAUGCAGAAGAGCUGCCUGGCAGCUGAUGGCUACACAGAAAAGUGAGUAUACAAAAAAAUACUAUAAAUUUAAGAAAAGUCUCUGUCAGAGACUUUCAAGGAGACUUAUUGGUGUAACUGUUAAUAUAGUGAAUUUCCAACUGAAAAGGCAAAGAUCAUCUGAUGGCUUUGAUGGGGCCAGUUACAAUGUGUUCUUGAGUAGAAUACUUUGCUCUUACAGUCUCUCUUUCUGGGCCCAGGAAUACAAUUGCUAAAACGGAAAGGAAAGGAAACCUUGUAGUAUACUGGAAGGUUUACUGGAAGGUACUGUGAGUGGGUCAGGUGUUUUACAAAUGCAAAAAAAGGGGUGGUGUUAGAUCAAUAUCCUUAGUUUCCAAAUUCCAUGGAUACCAGAGGUUUGGGUCUUCAGGUUUUUGAGCAGACAUCUUGCUUGAUCUAGUCAGAUUAAUCAUUUUCAAGCCUCAAAUUAUUUACGUGUAGUAAGAAGACUCAAGUGGUGACUGUGCUUUAUAUGUGCAAUGAUUUUUUUUUUUGGAUACAGACUUGACAGAAUGUCUAAACAAACAACAAUGGUGCACCAGGUGUUUGGAGGUUACUACAGAAGCCAAGGUAUGCACAUGCUUGAUGUUUCAAUCUUUAACCCUUUUUUUGACAACACAUUAUUUAGCUAAAAUAUACUGAGAAUAAAGAAGGUAAGUUUCUAAAGAAACUGUAGUGCUGCGUCGGUGGAAGAGUAUAACAGGUAAUUUAGCAUUAACAACUGUGUUGAAAACAUAAAUUGGUUGCCAUGAAGAGUAAAAAAGCUGACAUUUCGAACAUUAGCCCUUCGUCAGAACAAUUGGAAAUGUAUUGAGAAUAGUCAGACUUAUCAGGUGGAGGUUAUCAUCUUGAUAUGUAAUGGUAAUAGGACUGAGUGGAGUCCAAUUUAGUUAGUAAUCAUAGGUGUUAUGACAAAAAUUGGAUUACCACACAGUAGGAGUCUGAUUUGUUUAUUACAAGUAUGAUAACAGACCCAAUUAGAUUACACAAAGUCUUAUUACCAAUUAAUCAUACAAGUUAUCAUUUCUGAGAAAAGAAGAAUAGCCAAGUUAUGAAAGAAAGGGAAAAUUUUUAAUAAAAGACUGACAAAGGAAGCAUAAAUUGUUUAAUGUCACUCUGAAAUUGAAAUUAAUUGUGAUUGGUUAAUUACACCAUGACUUUGAAUGUGAUUGGAUCCAAUGAUCCAGUUCUUAAUAAUGUAAAUAUUAUUGCAAUUUUUUCUCCCUAUAUUUAGUUCGCUGUUUAAAAUGCAAGAACAACUCAAACACAUUUGAUCCACUCAUGGAUAUUAUGUUGGAUAUCAAGGUAAACAAGUGGAUUUUGAUAUCCAGUGACUUUUAGCAAGUGGAUCAUUAUUGAUUUUUGCAUGGAGUGGUAAAAUUAAAGAUAUUGGAGUAUUCAUCUGCUAAAGCAGAUCAACAUUACCAUCCUGUUAAGUUUGCAGCAUAAAGUUAGGAAUUUUCAGAGCAAUAUUGAAUUGAAAAUCAAAAGUGAUUUGGAAUGGAGUUACGUUUUUUUCUUUUCUUCACUCCCUGGCUGAGUCCUGAACACUUGGACAUUGUGAUGCAAAACUAAAGCCAUCAUCGUGGAGAUUAGCACUUGCACUUGAACAUGUGAAUACUUUCUUGAAUUUUGAUUAAUUUUAUCAAUGAUUCCUUUUUGUCAGACUGUGAAUAUAUAAAAAUCAUUUAUGUGAAAUGUAGAUAGAGAAGUGAAUAUAAAAGCAAUAUUCACAGUUAUGAACAUUACUUAUUAUAAGAAGUUGAGAAAAUAAGUUCAAUUUCAGGUCCUAUUUUCACUACUGUUCAUUACUGCAAAGAUCACGCUCAUAUUCAGUUCCUUUUUAUGUCAGAUAAAAUUCUGAUUACCCCCUUAGCAACUUUGUUUUUAAUGUCACAGCAUGCAGACUGAAUGUGGUCAAAGAUCUAUAGAGCUGGAAAAUUGGUGUCAACAAUGGCUACAAUUUCAAAGUUUAUUAAAAAGAUUUAUGUUGUAGUCUUCUCUUUCAAUGUGUGUGCUUUCUCUUUCUUUCUCCAGCAUGUGCCUUCAGUGGAAAAAGCUCUUCAGCGAUCUGUCAAACUGGAGUUACUGGAUGGGGAGAACCUUUACAUGUGUCCAAGGUUUGACUUCAUUGUAAACGUUACAUAGGUUUUAACCCUUUACAGCCUAACAUCAGUAUGCAUAUUCUCCACACUGUCCUUUAUACAUUUUCUAAGGUGCUGACAAGGAGAAUUUGUUUCACAAUCAAGAGCUUCUUUAGUUGGUGAUCAUUUCCUUCAUUCUCAUGACCUUAAUGUGUGAUUGAGAGGUGAUAUUGUAGGGAGAAGUGAGAUGCUAGUCACUCUUUGGGUUCAAAAGGUUGAUUUUUGAAAGCAAAGAGAGACACAACAGUCGCAUCAAUCUUCAGCUUAAAAAAGAAAAUGUUAGGGGGAAAUUAAAUUUCCAUUUUUGAAAGUUUAUUUUGCUUUGGUAAUGAGCUGUACAUGAAGGUAGAGGCUUUGACAGAAAUUGUUCAAAUGCAUUUGAGCUCCCAGGGACCAAUUAGUUAUUUGUAAUAAAAAUACUCACUUACAUUCAAUAACUCCUUUUGGUGAUGUUAUUUUUAGAUGCAAAAGAAAGGUCCCUGCCCACAAACAGUUCCUGAUUCAUCGUGCACCAAACAUUUUAACUUUGCAACUGAAAAGGUAUGGAAGCAAAAUUAUCCUGCCUUUGCUCUGAUCAUGUUUAAUUGUCAUGGCUAAAAAAAUGUGUAUCUGUGGCAGCAAGGAUCUGACUUUAGUUCUUCAUGUUUGCUGAUUCUUUGUGAUGCAGGUUUGACUACAAUCAGAGUUUUGGAGGAAAAAUAUCAAAACAUGUUGAGUACGCAGAAUAUCUGAACCUAAGACCUUUUAUGACAUCCCAGGUAAAAAAACAAAUUUGAUUCAAGGAUUGAAGGGAACUGUAGAAUAUGAGACAUAUAAUUCAAGAUUUUUCUUGGAUCAGAAUUUUUCAAAUUGAUUCAAGGAUAGUAUUAAUAAAAGCAUAUAAUAUGUAACAUAUAAUUCAAGUUUUUUUCUUGGAUUAGAAUUUUUGAAAUAUGAUUUAAGGAUAGUAGGGAACUGUAGAAUACGUAACAUAUCAUUCAAGUUUUUUCUUUUGGAUCAGAACUUUUCAAACCAGUUUGAUCUUUAUUUUCUUUUGCUUCAAAUUAACCCUUUAACUCCCAGAUCAAAUUUGUAAUCCUCCUUACUGUCAACCACACAAUUCUUAUGAUGUUAGUUCAGAGAAUUUAGUAUUGGAUCAACCAAUUAUCCCCAAAUUGAUAUUUUUCUUUGUUCUCAUCACUUAUCUGGUUGAUAUUGUAUUGAAACCAUAAGGAGAAUUUUUGUCUUGGUCAAUCAUGGGAGUUAAAAGGUUAACAAUUAGAAUAUUUGAAUCAAAUGUGAAGGAAAAAAAUUGAACCUCAAGUUACAAACAAAAUUGUUGAAAAGUCCACUUUAAUUCCUGAAUUGGCAGUAACAAUUACAUGUUCUUGUUGUAAUGCAAAUGAUAAAAGAAUUUUUCUAUUUCAUGUCGAAAAAUGUAGGGUCCACCUAUAAAGUACCGUUUAUACUCUGUACUGGUGCAUUCUGGGUACUCUUCAAACUCUGGUCACUACUAUUGCUACAUCAGAGCUUCUAAUGGCACUUGGUACCAGAUGAAUGAUUCUAUGGUAAGACCUGAUUCUGUCUUGCAAUUUUUAGUGUAGUGUCCUUCUAUUUGAAACCUUAACAGUACUCUCAAGUUGAUUUGCUGUUAAAGGGUGAGGUUUUCUGCCACUUAGCUGUCAAUUUGAUGCGAUGGGUAUCAUUUUCAUGGACCUUGGGCAGGGGGGGUGGAAAAUUGAGAAAAGUGAGGAAAGCCAAGACUUGCAUUCCUUGAUAUUGAGUGUGUGUGGAGAGAGUCCACAUUACCAGUUUGCUGUAUGUGUGUUAGCAUGUUGAAAAGGGUUUAACACGAGCUGGUCCUGUAAAAGUUGUCCAGUCACAUGGAUUUGUUGCAAAAACGUAACAGAAAAGUGAAGUAAGUAAAACGAAAUUGCAUUUUCGAGGAAUUGUGAGCUUCUUGUUCUGACUCAAAAAUACAAAGGAAAAGUUGAUAUUGUAGAAUCUUUUUGUCCCUCGUGCACCUUUGUAUUAUGUGCUAAUUAGAUUGAAACAAGAUUUUUGAAAUUUUCAAAACUCAGUGGUCAUAUGAUAAAAUGCUUAUAGACUGAGUUGGGUCAGGUGGCACAGGAAAAUAAUUGGCUCUUGGUCAUGAUGCACAAACUUCGCUGUGUUUGGUCAAUGUAUUGUGACCUCAAGCCAAAUGUUUUUUCAUCCAGCCCUCCUACUCACUCAAUAGUUACAUAUUAUUUCUGUUGGAGAGCAAAUAACACAUUUUUAACUUUAUUACUAUUGUUGUUAAAUUUGGCAAUCAAGCUGAAAGUUUCUUAGUUCUAGAUUUCCCAGAACACAGUGUACCCCUCAGCUGGGCAGAAUUGUCAGUAUGUGAUAAGAAACUGCCAAAAUUUUGUAGUAUCUCAUAAGAAGGAUCUUUCUGUUUCUCAUUUUUCUAACAGGUCAGACAAGUUGCACUGAAAGCAGUUCUCUCUCAACAAGCAUAUCUGUUGUUUUACAUCAAACAGGCUUCCAAACAGGAAUUAAAGGUAUUUAUUCCAAAUUGUAAUAUAAUAUUUACCCUUUCACUGUCAUGAGUGACUAACUGUUACGAAAAAUUGUAUAAGUUAAGUCCUAGAACAUUCUAUAGAACAGUCUAGAACCCGAAGUCAUCCAGGUGUGACCUGCUUGUAUAAGAACAUUCUGGAACAUUCUAUUUCUUAUGUAAUUACUCAGAUUUAGAAACCAUGUUAAUCUACUAAAUUUAGUUCUUUAGAGAAGUUUCUAGAUCUUUGUACUUUAUUGAAAAAACAGAGAGAAUUGUGAAGAAGCUUAGUGCUGUAAAGUCAAGAAGUUAAUUACGUGGAAAUAAAUCAGUUUGUUGCUGUUACCAACAAUCCUGAGUUUUUUCUAGGAACAACCCUGCUCUACAUUGACACUCGUAACACUAACAUUCAAUUUUUGCAGACAGUAUCAAUUUUUUUUUCAAUAAGGAAAGUGAUAAGAGGAGAGAAAAAGCUAUUCGACAGGGACUUAGUUUAAUUGAAGACCUGAUAUAAGAAAAGUGUUGAUAAUUCAUAUUUGAAUACUGGAAGUAAAAGAGACUUAUUUUAAUUAUUUACCAAAGGGCCUGGCUACAGAGUUGUUCAAGAUUUAAGCACUGGUUGAAUGUUUAUAGAAUGAUGUAACUAAAAUUUUAUUUGUUAGAAAAAGUGUUGUAAAGGAAAAAAUGUCCAAAGGCCAAAAGAGGUGUGGUGGGCAAAACAGGAAAAUUAUAGAGUAGAUUGUAUAUGGAUAGAUUUUAAAAUGAUUGGUCCAGUGUUUUUUAAACAUAUCUUAAGUUGUAUGAAAGUCUCACUCAGGAAGCUUGGAAUUAUAUUUUGAUAUUACAGUACUGUAGAUGAAUUGUGUUGUUAUUUAUUGUUUUACAUCCUAUCCUUAUCCUUUUUUGUGUUUUCAAGUCCCCUCUGACCUCGCCAAAGACUGUUUCUAUACAAAGAACUUCUGCUAUUCCAAGAGACAAUUUGCCAAAAGUCAUCCAAUCAAAUGGUGAGUUUUCUUUAAUAUUGCACUACUUGCAGUUAUCGGGAUUGUAUUCUUAACCAAAAAUUUAUUCAAGACAAUUUUAAUUUGAUAGUCCUGGAAAAGACUACAGGCCCUGGAAAGUCCUGGAAAUCUGCUUAACUCAAGCAAUAAUGUCUUCAGAAUUUAGGUUAUUAGAAAUGUAUGUGGACUGUAAGGAAUAGUGAUUUUGAAAUUUUGGGAAUGGAAGAGUUUAAGGUAUAAUAAUAUACAUUGAAAAACUACUCCCUUUAGAUUGACUGAAAACGAGUGCAUUCUCAUGGAACACAAGUGCAAAGUUGUGAUUUGAGUGCAAAUUACAAACAGCACGGGCCUGCUUCAGGUUAAGGUUAGGGUUAAGCAAGAAUCAGCCUCUAAACUCAUAGAGGAUCUCACUGAUUAAGUAUUCACUUGACAUGGCUCCUCUGUGUUUCCUUGCCAUGUUCAAAAAAUGUGGUGAGCUUUGUAGCAAAUAGAACACAAUGCACGCCUUGCAACGUUCUGGAACCAAGUACAUUGUUUAAAAUCUUCCCUUUUUUCAGAUGUUGGUACUCCUGUCAAAUCUGGAAUAACUUUUCAUAGACAGUCAUCAUCAACCUCUACAGUCACCAAGCCGUCAGCUACGCCAACAUCAAACCACGCCCCGUCCGUACCCCUGGCACCUCCAUCACAGAGACCCAAGUUUACGUUCAACAUCUCUCCUGGUAAUAAAGGAAACAAGACAGAAUCAAGCACAGCUAAACAAGAGGGAAAGGAGAAAUAUGACAAGAAUGGACUAAAGGAAAAAUUUAUCAACCCUAGCACUGAAAGUCUUUCUUCUGAGACCAAAUCUCCAAUCUCUUCGUUGGGCAAAUUUUCGGAGACUCUUUUAAAGCCUGAUACUUCAAAAUCUCCAGGCAAGUCUGACGGCUCUUCAGUUGAGGUAAAAGGUCAAGCUUUGGGAGGCCAGAAAGAUAACAUCAAGGAAACCUCAGACGAAGGUCUCCCACUGAGGAAGGAAAACAAAGAAAAAAAGCUAUCUCCUAAGAAACCUCGUCCGCCGCCGUUGUUUAUCCCCAGGCCACUAGUCCAAGGGAAAGGAAUGCCCAGCCAUACACGUAAGUUACAUCUUUUUAUUUCUUGUUCUCAAGGGAACCAAGAUUUUCCUUUUUUAACCAAUUUGGAGCUGCACAAAUUCCCGCUCAAACUUAAGCUUUUGUGAGCACAUUCAAGUGUGCUACCCCUUGAAAGAAUUUCCCCUUACAGUCUCAAUACAACAUCAAGCAGACAAGUGACGAGAAUAAAGACAAGUAUCAAUUAGGGGAUUAUUAAUUGAUCCAAUGCCAAAUUCUCUGAAAUAUAAUAUUGAUAUCUUACAGCGAAAUCUACCACUCCAUGGACAGUCACACCAAAGACAACUUCAGAACCACCGUUUGGCCCCAUGUCACCUCCUCCUCCUGGAGUCGCUCCACCUCAGCCCUCCCCGUCAUCAGCCAUAUCAGACACUAGCAGCACCUCUAGCAUGAUGGGUAAAACUGGCGAGUGGACUGUGUCUGAUAAGACAGCCCUUACACCAGGACCCAGGCUCCCAGAGAGGCAGCAUGCAGGGUGGCAAGUUUCAAAGAAAUUUGAGGUGGAGAAAAAGGAAUCGCAGAUUGUACAGAAAGAGGAAAAUAGUGGCAAGAUUGACGAAGAGAGCGACAAGAAGAAAAAGAAGAAAAAGCACAAGAAAGAAAAGAAGGUGAAGAAGGAGAGAAAGGAAAAGAGCAAGAAAAAGCAUAAGAAGCUAAGUGCAUUACUUGAUGAUGACGAGGUGGAUAAAAAGGAAACAAGGAAGAGAAAACAGAAAAAGGCUGCAGAAAAAGAUGCGAAUGAACCGAGCCAACAAAAGAAAUCAGUAGAAAAGUCUAAAAGCAAAAAACACAAAAUUAAAUGCCGCGAAGGCGACGUCUCUCCAAGUAAGAAACCCAAGUUGGUUUGCUAUGAUGACAGCAGCUCUGGUUCAGAGAGUGAGAAGCUCAACCGUGGCCGAGAAGCUGGGAAAUCUGCAAAUGUAGACUUCAGGAGAACUACGACUGAGUCCAGAGGUGAGUACAUCAUCAUUGAUCGAAAUAUCUGUUGUUGUUGUUGUUUUUUUUUUUUUAUUUUCAAUAAUGGCCAAUUAAGCAAGUUUUACGUAAAAAAAACAAUUGCUGCAUGCGUGGAACUACUUGCAUUGAAAGCGCAUGUAAUUCCCACGCUUUAGACUUUAGUAAUCCUAGCAGUGUGCUGGACGUGUGUUACAUUUGAGCGUCGUAAUGGCCUGGCUCACCGUAGAGUCUCUGUGUCUCCAUGGUAGAGCAUUGGAGCGUGGAAUCCAAAGGUCUGAGGUUCUUCUCCUCAUGGAGGAUCAAAAUUUUUUUCUUUGCCCUACGCUCGUGACAAGAUGAAAAAAAAAUUCUUUCUCGACACCAGUAUUGUCUCCUUAUAUUUUCCUGCUAUUGGCAAAUAUUCAAAUUUUAAAUCUUUUCCUUCUAGUUCCGGUUAUUCACGAGGAUGAACCAAGGAAAACAAACGCUACACGUAGAGCAACCUGGGAUGGUUCACGUGAUUCAUCAACCGUAGUUCAGUUGCUAAGCAGUAGUAAAGGUCUCCAUGGUUAUGGCAGUUCAGGUUGGUUCUGUAAACCUUGCCUUCUUUGCAUAAUAAUAUGGUGAUUCGUUGUUGAUUAUGGGUGUAACAAGAGUGCGUUUUUUUAUCUCUCUCUUAAAACGUCCAUGAUGAUAGCGGGGCCGGGAAAAAAAUAAUUGUGCAUUUUGCAUUGCCAGCUAACGCCCUAUUCAUUUACUAAACCCUCUACUGCUCAUUGUUCAAAUUUCAGUGACGUCAUGGGAUGGCGGCGAAAACACUGUAGAUAGAAGUGGCGGGAAAUCAGACAGGAAACGACAGCGACAAGACCCGUGGGACGAAGAUUACGACCGUGGAAAAGUAAGGGAGAAUUUGUGUCAUUUUUACCCCUAUAGGGUGACAGUGGUGUUCAGUACCGUCAAUGUUCGUUUUAGUAUAUGUCAUUUGCGUUCUCGUCUAGGUUUAGGAUUCGCUAACAGCCUAUAACCCUAUAACUCCCACGAGUGAUCGUGACAGAAUUUCCCCUCACAAUAUCAGAGCAAUAUCGAGCAGACAAGUCGUGAUGGUAUAGAAAAAUAUCAUUUGGGGGUUUAUUAGUUGAUCCAAUACCAAAUCUCGGAACUGACAUCGUAAGAAUUGUCUGAAGACAGAAAGGAGAACAACUGAAGAGACCUUGGGAAUGAAAGGGUUAAUAUUGGCUUCGGCGCUUUAUACAUAGUUAUCAAAUUUUGAUUGAUGAUCAACCAACUGAGUCGGUCAGUCAAUCAAUCAGUCUGUCAUUUAUUUAUUCUUGCAAUCAAGUUAUAUUUCUUUUUAUUUCCAAUCCAGGUAAAGAAGGUCAAGAACAGCAGAGAUACAAGCGCAAGACGUUUUAAUGGCAAUCCAUUCCAGCGAGAACAUGAUAAACGAAAGUCUAAACAGGUAAGCUCCAUAGAUGCCUAGGUUCGAUGUCAACUUCUCGGUCUUUUAUUAGCCAUAUAGCUGAAAGCACCCGUUGGUGUAGUUUGGUCACGGUCAGUUCAUCCUAGUGAAAAAUGUAGCCGAAAAAGGUCGUCGUAAGCAAUCCCUUUUAAUGUUCUUCAUUCAGAGCAACAAUCCUUGUAUUCAUUCUGAUUUAAUAACGCUUCUGUUGCUUUUACCUGUAUUAAGAACUUGUAUUUACCAGUCUCCUUCAAGAUGGAGGUAGUUUCGCACAUCAUAAAAACUUACCUAAAACAUCUCGAAGUGUUCUCAUUAGUAUACAUGCAGUUCAACGCAGCUUUUUAUAUGUGAGUCUGUAUUCUUAGAUUAGUAACGGUUUAUUAUUGUUUUUUUUUUUCAGGAAUCCAAGGAGCGUUUUUCAAAGCCGUUUUCUAAACAUCGCCACUCCCGACAGAGUCACUUCAGUAAAUCGCAUUCAUCCCGAAAGUACCAGAGAUUGUCCACUUGAGGGGAGUCGUUGGGACAGGUUGUAGUGAAGAUCAUUUGCCUGGGGGGAGGGGGGUUAAGGGUGGGGUUGGUAAGAGAAGAAAAACCAAGCAAGAUUGUAAACUGGGAGACAUGGCCGCUGUUUCGCUUCUGGGUCCUAGUAAAAAAAAAUUUUACUUCUUUCACGUAGAGAACCAUUGUCACUUAGCAAUCGAUGGCUUAUCACCUUCACUUAUCUUCUGAGAUCUGCCAAUAUAAAAACUUAUCUUACUGUUUGUAUAAAAUCCCAAAUUUUAAAUAAGGAUAAAUGAUACAAACUUACUUGAUAUUGCACGUAGUUUAUUUUAUUGUUGUAGUGUCGCAAUGCACCACAUUUCUUUUACCUGUUGUAACUUGGUCCUAAUGGUAGUGUCAACUACAAUGAAACCAGUCUUCUAAUCAAAAUUUAUUAUAUCGUUGCUUGUUGUACAAGACUUCUUCAUAUUAAUUUACAAUUUGAAUACAUAGUCGAAUUACAGAUUGUUCGUAUGAUCAGAAGAAAUUGGUCCAAUAAAGCGUCUUUAGAAAAUGCGGGCAUUUUUAUCGACAUUAUCUGAAACAUAGCUCUAAUCGUGAUAUAAAUUUGCGCUCCUUUGUAAAUACAUAAAGUUUAUCCGGAUCGAGACUCGCCGUUAAUUUUCCCAUAACGGGAGAAUUUUGAGAUUAGCCGUAGUUUGAAUAAAGCAAUUUUCAAUUGAGUGUCGAAAGUUUUCUGGGAUUGCUUUGGUUUUACCUACUUUGCUCUGUGAUUGGUCCAGAAAACUUGCGCCAUCGAUCCUCUCAGCCAAUCAGAUUCAAAACAAAGAAAACCAUCGCGACUUGGCCAUUUGCGUUUUCCCACGCUUCAGGUGGAUUGCUUGAUUUCACUUUGAGUUCUCAUUGGCGAACGAUCAUGUAGACCUUUGUUCAGAGUGGUCGCUACGAUUACUUUGGUUUUUCGACACUCAAUUGAAAACACUGUCCAAUAACAUUCUUAUUUCGUAGCAAGGGAACACUUUUUCCAAAUCGGAUGUUAAGAGUAACGUUUCUCUUUACCACUGAUAAACAGAACUAAUUUCGUUGCAAAUCAAAUUCAAGGCCGCAUACGUUAGUGCUUUGGGAAAUCAAUAAACAAAACUUUUGCAAAGAGUUGUCCUAUUCACAG